AUGCACGUUAAAAAUUUCUUUUUAUCUUUUUUGAUUUUGACAAUUGAAUUUACAUAUAAUAAUAAUGUACAGGCUGCAAAGUUUAUUCGAAACGAACAGACAUUGUCAUGUCUUGACCGUUCCUCCAUUCCUUUCUCUAAAUCAUGUACGCGUGUAGACUUAACCCCAUGCCCAACCGACAGAUUUUCAAGAUUUCCAGAAUCAUUGGAAUGGAAUUUAAUUCCGAUAAAUUCCUCUUUAACGAAUACUGAAUUAAUAAUAAAAUCAGAUAAAUUUUGUUUGAGUACUUUGUCCAAUAGUAACAAUAUAGAAGCUUGUUCUUGUGACAAUGGUACUAAUCAAAAAUGGACCUUGAAUAGUGAUGGAGUUUUAAGUAGUGUUGAUUCCAGAAAAUGUCUAGGUUUUGUAGGCGACAAAGUUGCCUUGGGCCCUUGUCAAGCUUGGAAGGUUUAUCACGUUGCAUCUAAUGCGGUAAAUUUGUAUAUAAGUAAAGAAUUUACCGGAAAACCAAACAAAUUAUUGGCUAAUAACUACACUUCACAAACAUUACCUGCCGAAAUAUUCCUAUCGGAAUUCUCUCUCGAGAUUCCACCAGGAUUCGAAUUUAUUGUUAAUAAAAAGAAUAAUAAAGUCGAAAAAUUCGAAUCUGACAUUGCGCAGAUGCCACCCAUCGAUUCCCUCGAUUCUAUUAUUAUCAGAUUAAAAGCUGGAAUUAUUAUGUAUGAAGAACCUGCGUAUUUUGGUGCGAGUAAAUUUAUGAAAGCCGGACCUUUAGAAUUACUCCCAACUAUGAAAAUUGGCUCCGCUUUGGUUUCUGAAGGUUUUCGUGGCGUUUUUUGGCCAAAUUCAAACUUUACUGGGAAUAACAUCGGUUUAUUUGAGUCCAUUGCUAAUUUUACCGGAGCUCCAGUAGAUUCUAAACAACUCUCAAUUGCCAGUUUAGACAUCUCAGCCACCGCAUGCAAAAAUGAAUGUGGUUCUAGUGGUACUUGUUCAUUUGAAGGUAUUUGUACUUGCAAGCCAGGUUUCACUGGUGACAGAUGCGAACAAUGCUUAUCCGGGUUCUUUGGACCAACUUGCCAAGAAUGCAACGCAAAAUGUAACAAAUUUUGUGAUGAUGGAUUGGCAGGAACCGGAGAAUGCAAGUGCAAACUAGGAUACACCGGCGAAAAUUGCGAUCAAUGUGCUCCCGGUUUCUUUGGUAACAAAUGUGAAGAAUGCAAAUGCGGUAAUGGCACAUGUGAUGAACAAGGCACAUGUUCUUGUAAUGCUGGCUUUUCGUUGGACAUAAGUAAGAAAUGCGUGGAUUGUGAAAGAGGAUUUUAUAAGUCCGGAAACGAGUGCAAGCUAUGUUCUCCGAGCUGUGAAACAUGCGAAGCUGAGACUGGCAAAUGUCAAUGUUUACCAACUUUUAAGUCAACUGAUGAUUUGACGUGCGUUUCAAAUCUGAAUUGUUUACCAACGGAAUUUUUCGAUACAGCUACUCAAACGUGUGUUCCGUGUGAUCCUAGCUGUGAAACAUGUUUUGGAUCCGGAGCUGGAGAGUGUCUAGAAUGCAAAUCAUUAACGGUUUAUAUUGAAGGUACCUGUAUCCCCAUAUCACAAUUUACCGAUGGUAAAUGUUCACCUUCUGCAGCAUUUAUUGUAGAUAAUGCCAAACAAUCCUGUGAACCUUGUCCGAGUUCGUGCUUUGAUUGUUCUAUACCAGGCUUCAAUGCUUCUAGUACUAUUGAAGAUUUGCAAUGCACCAGAUGCAUGCCGGGAUUUUUCCUUGAGAGUGGUGAAUGUGUGGAAUUUUGUCCUGAAAACAAAUUUGCUGACAAAACCGAUUUAAUUUGUAAAGAAUGCAAUUCCAAUUGUGCUAGUUGUAAGGGUCCGGAAGAAAAUAAAUGUAUUACGUGCUCGAAUAAAGAAUUAUUUGUUUUGAAUGGAGUGUGCUCACCCAAAUGUCCCUCAGGAUAUAUAGUACUUAACUCAACCUGUACAAAGUGUCAUCCUGAUUGUACAGAAUGCUCGGGUCCAGAGAUAAAUCAAUGCACUAAAUGUCCACCUAAUCGUCCGAUUAUAAAAGAUGGACAAUGUGUAGAAGUUUGUCCGAUGGGAACUUACGCUGAUGAGAGUGGAUGUAAUAAAUGUAAUGAAGAUUGUUCUUCUUGCGUUGGACCAAGUCCUGAUCAAUGUCUUGGAUGUAAUGACCAAUCUAAAGUUUUGCUUGGAGGUUCAUGUAGUGGAUCAUGUCCAUCUGGAAGUGAAUUAAUUAAAAGUGAAAGACUCUGUCAAAAUUUGGUCACUGAAGAGAUACUUCCGCCCGAGAAAACGAAGGAAGAACAAAAACAAGAAUAUUUCUUUAAUAAAACUAAAGGAAUCGAAUGGUGGCACAUUCUUUUAAUUGUUCUUGGAUCUAUUUUGUUCUUGAUAAUAGGUGUUUUAUUAUUAAGAUGUGUUGCCGUAAAAAGAAGACAAAAAAAAACCAAGGAAUUUGGCGAACAAUUUGAUGACAAUGUAGUGAGUAAAAAUUUGAAGAAGAUGCUGCGUAAUGCACGUGAGGUACCCUCUCAACCGGAAAUGUCUCACGAUCCGAAAUCUGCAUUGAAACCUCAUGAAAUUGAGGACCCAUUAAAUCAAAAGGCCGCUGAAAGGCAUCAAAAAACUAUGUCUAUCACUACUGAUGAUUAUAAUAAAUGGAAAAAUUCAAAGAGUGCUAAAGACUGGGAAAGAAUUAUUAAAAAUGCAAAUACGGAAGGAUAUAGAUAUAAUUCUGGUAAUUCUAGUUAUAGGAAUAGCAAAAGGUCUACAAGAUCAACAAAUUCUAUUAGCACUAAAAGGUCCUACGCUCUUCCGCCCGAUGAUAAUUGGCUUUAA